UCGAUGCUCCGUGACGCCGUCUCGAUCACUAGCGUUCUACCGAAACGGUCGCGCCUUUAUCGCGAAGAUAUCCGAUACAUUCAGAACUAUAAUUCGAUGAAGGAGGUGUUCGAUGCUAAUAAACGAAUCCUCUUUAAUAACGAUAUAAUGAAGGAGCUAGCGGUGAACCCCUUAGUGAGUAAGACGGCGCGCGCCGUGAUCAGUGGACGUCCUCGAGAGAGAUAA